AUGCAACCUUUGAUAUCACCAGUAGAUCACGAAACUCGUCGAAGCUCCUUUCAGCGAGCCGAAGAUAGCAGGCCCUCGGAAAAUACUCCCCUCAUCCAUAGAUUUCCAUCUAACCAAACAAGAGAGAGGCACCUCCCUACUAUCAUAAUUGUGGGGUUUCUAUUGGGAAUUCUAUUGUCAGGACUGGUCAUUGGAAUCUAUCUGCUAGUACUUCAAAGCGAUUCAGAGAAUAUAUUGCCGCCAGUAGAGGACACCAUAACACUCUUCGCAGGUAGUCGGACGAAGGAAAGCGAAUCGUUGCGACUUUCCACCGAAGAGGACAUCGUGUUUAUACAACAGACGGAUACGCGCCAGUGCGAUAAUCUAACAGAUUGUGCGGAACUACUCAGAAAUGUGAUGGUUGAUUCCGGCACGCUACCCUACAGCUUCCUCGUGUCACCCAGGGGACUGAUCUUCGAGGCGUUAGGAUGGAAGAGAUCACCGUUAAUACUGGCAUUUAUAGGCAACUUCACGGAUACAACACCCCCUGGUCUACAGGUCGAAGCGGCAAAAAAAUUUAUGACGUCAGCAGUAAAUCAACAUCGUCUAAGCCCCGAGUUCGCAGCAAUCGGCCGAAACAGUACAUACUAUCCCAAAAAACUGUUCGACGCUCUCUCGGCUUUGCCCCAGUGGACGCAGGCUAGCGCGAACUAA